AUGUCUCGUGGAUUCCAAGUUAAAGUGACUCCAAUUAUUGUACUUGCCCAUUUGUCAUUCAUAGCAAUAACGACCCUUGUGUUAGUUUGGCUGCUACACUUCCGUGAAGGUGUUGCUUUAAUUUCUUCCAACAAAACCAAGAUUUUCAAUCUGCAUCCACUUCUAAUGGUAAUUGGGUUCAUUUUAGUUGGUGGAGAAGCUAUAAUGGCAUACAAGUCCAUCCCUGGAAAAAGAAGCUCAGCAAAGGUGGUUCAUCUCCUAUUGCAUCUGAUAGCUAUGGCAGCUGGAAUAUCAGGAAUUGUUGCAGUUUUCAAAUUUAAGAAAGAGGCGGGUCUUCCUAAUAUGUAUACAUUACACUCUUGGCUAGGCAUCUCAGCAAUCUGCUUAUUUGGAUUGCAGUAUAUAUUGGCCUUCUUCGCUUAUUUCUUCCCAGGAGCAGAAAUGUCUGCGAGAGCUAUGAUUUUGCCAUGGCACAGGUUUAUAGGCAUGGUCAUCUUCCUACUUGCUGUUGGCACAGCUGAGUCCGGUUUGGUUGAAUAUUUUAAUUCUAUAGGGCUAUUCCGCAACCAAGAGGCACUAAUUGUGAACUUCACUGGUUUAUUACUCUUUCUGUUUGCUGUCUUUGUUAGCCUCUCUGUCAUUCUCCCAAGAAAUUCCUCUUGA